UAUUAUAGAUAGAAUAUUCAUUGGUAAUAUUGUUCAAAUAAAGUCAUCUGUUUGAUAUUGCAUUACAUUUUCUGCUGUUUAAUCAUUUUUAUGGAUUAAAGUACUGUACUAGCGAAACAGCUCGUCGCGUACUGACCGGAGAUGACGCAACUAAUGUGCGCCUGGAAUACGUUGGUUUGGUGGGGAAAUUCAAAAGAACCGCUCGAUGCAGCUGCGAUGGUCGGGAGAUUCAGUCGAUCUGCCUAUAGAACUGCAUUACAAAAAGCAGAGUUUCCUUUAGGAAUAUAGCCGAUGAAUCCUGGGAUUUGGAACCAGCUCGUUUUCAUCAUAGCUCAUGUAUGUCUCUCCGGCCAAGUGUCCUCUGCUCCAUGAACUUUAUUACAGCACUCCUGUACAAACCAGCAGCUUGGAUACUCAUGAGUGUGGCACGGCUGAAACCCCAGCAUAUUCAAACAGACUAACCAGAAACUGCACUACAGUGGCGAUGAAUUCCACAGUAAAGGAUCAUCAGAUUGGAGCAGAGUCCAGAGGAGCCAUGAGAUGUGAGCUCAGUACCAUUAACAACUCUGUGCUGUGUUUGAAACGAGUUACUGACACGCCAGCAAAAGUCUUUGCCAGACUGAAGGCCAAAGUUCAACGGUUGAACUCAGAAGAGCACAGGAAAGAGAGUGUCAUACCUGUACAGCUGGGUGAGGGUGUCUCAUUAUUCACAAACAUUCAGCAGUCACCAGUUGAUGAUGCCACAUCAGAAGGACAGGAUACAUAUGUGCUGACACUUUCACCUCCUGAGAGCACGAGCAAAAGCUCCGAAGAUCCCCAAAUGACAUCACUUCUUGAUAUAGAAGGCUAUAACCCUGACUUGUUUCACAAAUCUGUUAUUGCACCUGAAAAGAUGCUCACUGAAACCUUUACCCAGGUAAAACCGCAACAGAAGAAAAGUAGGGCGAAUAACACGAAGAAGUACAUAGACCAAGAAGCCUAUGUUCUGCUAGAGCGCAUGCCUUAUGACUUACUUGCUCAGCGAGGACCUGCAAAGUCAAUUCAGUUAAUCAGUCGAGUCAGAAAUAGAAGUAAUCAUGGAGUCUUUGGUGAGAUGAGUGUAAGGGAUGAUUCAGAAGGUGCAGCAGAUGGUGACAGCAAUAGGGAGAAUACACUUCAGUGGUUGGAUAGCGUUGCCCAAAGCCAGCCAGUGCCACAGAGACCAGAGAAAAUCUCUAAUAGGCAGUCUGUGUGUUUGGAGGCACCACCUCAGACUCUUCCUAAUCUGAUGGAGGAUUCUCUCCUGCAGCAAUCACCCCGCAUUUCCAUCCCCAGGAAGCAAAUGUCCAAACAACAGACUAAAGAAAUAGAUAAGGCUCUGGAUGGAAAGACAAGUGUGAACGGGAUUCAUUUAAGAGAUUGGGUCUUGAAGCUGCACAACAAAGAACUUAUUGUUGAUGGCAUUCGAAUAGACAACAAGAUCCCUUGGCACAGUAGUUGCAUCACUGAGCGAAUUUCAAGUAAUGUAGUUAAGACUGCGUCUGGUGGGACUUAUGUUCUUGUUGGAAAGAUGUCACACUACCACAGUUCAUCAUUUCCUCCAUGGUUUAUGAAGAAGUUUCUUUUUGGCUUUCCUGAAAUGUGGAAGGAAUACCUGAAUAAAUUCUUGAUUGAUAAUGAAGGAAGCGGAAAAAAUCGACAGAGGAACAAUUCAUCACCGUUUGACCAACAAAAGAAAUUGCCCUCAAAAAAACAGAUAUCCAAACAACAUAAGUCAACCCCUGUUAGCUUUGCAGGCAGUGAGCAGCCACACAGUGCUCCAGUUUCCCGCAGUGGUCGUCUCAUCAAACCUCCUCUGGAGUACUGGAGAGGAGGCAGGAUCACUGUAGGACCCGAUAUGAAUGUUACGGUCCAUGAGGAUUAUACAUCAACCUCCAUUUUAUUGACGCCGAAAACAAGACCAGUGGUACAUUUAAAGCCGCUAAAAUUGCCUAAAGAACAGCCUACGUAUAAAUCUCCUGAAAUGAAAGACAGCAGUGAUGAAGAUACUUUGGCACCAAGGAGACGUGUUAAACAGCGUAAAUCUUGGAGGACUGAUGGAACCAAAGCUAGGAGAAAUGCUUCAAAGAAGUCAUCUCAUGAUGCAGUUUUCAAUUCUGACUCUGGAUCAGAAAAAGCCACUUUCAAGCAGCCUUCUCCUCAGAAAGCACAGUCUGAGCGAAUGUACCUGAGGAGGGGACGGUCAUAUUCUAGAGAAAGAACCUCUACUGGCUCUGAUUCUGAGGUGUCCAAGUUUGCUGCUUCAACUGAAGAUGGUGGUUCUGUGAUCCAGGCCCCUGAGGGAAAAAUUAAAACACGGCUCAUCCAGAAGCGUCUGCAGAAAGUAAUUCACAGUGAGAAGCUCUCCAAUCCAUGUUCAGACUCUCACACCAGUUCCACACAAUCUCAAAUUCAGAAAGUUGCAGAUCAAGGAUUUACAUCUCCAGUCCCUACAAAAAAAUGCAGAAGAAAAGGCUUAAAGCAGAAAAGCAAAGUAGUUCCUCCAAUUGCAACCAUGUCUGAGACUGAGGACUCUACCAUGCCGCAUAGAGAAAUUGACGUGACCAAUAAAAAGAAGACACAAAGACAAAGGAAGGCUUCAAAGAAAAAUGAGAAUUACAUGAUGGUUCAUGCAGAUGACGAAAAUCCACCCUCAGAGCCGAAAACAGAAGAAAACAAUAGUUCAAAGUCUACUCUGAAGAGGAUGCAACAAACGAAAAAUUCAGGCAUUUCUGAAAAGACAACUCGCCAGGCUGAUAUACAUACUGAGCAAUCUAAGACACCUCCUCAGCCUUCUGUGCCAGGUAACGCUGGCAAGAAACCAAAGCCAUCAGUAAACAGUAAAACAAGCAGAAGAAACAAAAAGGAGCAAACUGCAAAGCACCUUGUGAUCGAACAAGAUGCGCUAGAAGGAGCAUGGACUGAUCAAGAGCUGCAAAAACUUAAUGAGGCUGUGAAAUCCUUACCUAAGAACAAGCGUGGUUACUGGGUAAAUGUCUCACUGGUAGUUGGCACACGUUCAGCUGAGGAAUGUCAGACACAAUACACUGCACUAUAUCAAACUCAUGGAAGAUCCAAAGGGAAACAUAAGGCAAAGACAGUUAAGAUGGAUGAACCAGCAAAAGAAACGGCUCCUAUUACUGCCAAGGUAGGAACGCUGAAGAGGAAGAAACAGAUGUGGGACUUUUUGGAUCAUAUGCCCAAAGAUGAUCAUGAUGAUGUCUUUGCCGGUUCACCAAUGCACAAUAAACAAAUCAAGUUGCCUGUAUGGUCAACGAAUGGAGAUGAGCCUGAUUUUGGCCUUUUACAAAAUCCACAAACCCCCAGCUCAAGCAUGUUUUCUUCAGUGAAAACACCUCAGUGUUUGCACAUUACUCCAGGGAUGCUGCGCUCUGUCAACAGAGACAACAAUGAUAAGUAUAUAUACCACCUACAGAAGAUAAAAAGGCAAGUCAACAAUGGCAGAAAAGGCAGCCCUAAGCAGGACAAGAUCACGUCUGUUCAGUCAGUAAGGAAAACCAAGAAGAGAUGUGUGGCUGAAGAUGAUAACUUUGUUGUUUGGAACAUGCUCUCUGACAAGGAUGGUCCAUCAAUGAGAGGAGAAGAGGAGGAAGAGGAGGAGGAUGAUUAUUUUAUGGAUGAAUACUGAAUAAUAUGAAAAUAGUCUUUAUAGGUUGAAUAGGAUGCCUUUGCAUCAUCUGUUUUACAGGACAGUGCUUUGAUGUUCAUUUUAAAGGAGUUAUUGUAUGUAUGUUCUAAUGCACCAAGCAAAAGUUCCCUAUUUUUCUUAAGUAUGUUGGCUUUAAUGCAGCUGUAAUCCCAUGUUUCAGAACAGAAUCUGAAAUUUUACUUCUUCUUUUUUUUUUAUUUUAGCAUAAAGUGACCUAAUUAUUUGGAUUUCUUUAUUUGGAUUUCAUUUUGUAAAUCUGUUACUGUAAGAGUUAAAGUUUUUGUAAUUGUGAAUAGAUAAUAGUUUUAAAAAUGUUAUGAACAAAGUUGUCUUGGCUAAGAAUACUGAGUGUGAUAAACCUAUAUUGUGCAGGUUUGUGGGUUUUUUUAUUUUGGUUGUUUGCUCUUUUUUUUUGGUUGUUUUUUUUUUUGUUGCAUUGCUUUGAUUUUUAUUUUUUUCUCGUUCAAACCGAAAAAUCAUUGCAGUUUAAUUAAAGUGAGUGCUUAAUUUCAAUUCUUUCUUCUUUUUUUUUCCUUUUUUUUUUUUUAUUAAAUUAAAGAAUUGCAUCAGGUCCGGCUGUGUUCUCUGGAAGGGUUUUUU